CAGAUUCACUUGCUCUCCAUCCUGACUUGCACUUUCAUACAUUUCCAUUUAUGACAAAAAUUCCAUCGAAACAUCCCCAGUUCGCAGGGAGCUACAGAUCUGCAAUUAUGAAAACAAGCUUCGCUCCCACCCCUCAAAUUCCCUAAUAGAUCUGAUCUAUCUGACUUCCUCAUCUGCCGAGUGUAGAGCUUCCCUCUCAUCGCCUCCAUCGUUCCUCUCCAUCAUUACCGGAUGCGUACUUCUUCCGACUGCCGUGCUUCUCGCCUAUGCCCGAGGAAACUCCACUUCACACUCCGUAUCUAACACCACUGGACCUUGUCGUAUCUUACGGUUUCUGAGGGCCUUUUACCCCAUCCCUGUCAAUCAGACACCUCGUGAAGUGUCCUACACGUGUCUGAGUCUCCGUCACGCUAUUUCUCCAGUCUUGGCGCGUCCGUGAUUCAUUGCUCGGCUGAUAAAUCUCUCCUCAUGGAAAAUGCUUUAAGGUUGCUGAAAGGUCGCAGCUUUCCUGGUAAGGUAUUCAUAACCCCCAGGGCAGACCCGCUGGAUGCCUCAGCUUUAUACUCCCCAACUAGUAGCAGGAUAAUAUCAAAUGAGACAGGACCAAAUGAACAAAUUGAUGAAUCCCAUGAGGAUGAAGAAAGCAGAAGCAACUCUGAUCCUAGUUCAUCUGUUAACAAGAUGAAUUCAUCAACAUCAAAUGCCGAGCCCAAGUACACAGAGAUUCCAAGGACCCCCAUGGGAUCUAGAGCUACUGAUUCAGCAAGGUUAAUGAAGUUCACUAAAGAACUGUCUUCAACAACUGUUGUCUUAGAUAAACUGCGUGAAUUAGCCUGGAGUGGUGUUCCAUCAUAUCUGAGACCAGUGGUGUGGAGGCUCAUUUUGGGAUAUGCACCCCCUAAUUCAGAUAGAAGGGAGGGAGUUUUGACAAGAAAGCGCCUGGAGUAUCUUGAUUGUGUUGCUCAAUAUUAUGAUAUUCCAGACACUGAGCGCACGAAUGAAGAGAUAACCAUGCUUCGGCAGAUUGCUGUUGAUUGCCCAAGAACAGUGCCCGAUGUCACUUUCUUUCAACAAGAAAAAGUCCAGAAAUCACUGGAGCGCAUACUUUACACAUGGGCCAUUCGGCAUCCUGCGAGUGGCUAUGUACAGGGAAUUAAUGACCUAGCAACACCCUUUAUGGUUGUUUUUUUAUCGGAGCACUUAGAGGGAAGCAUUGAUAAUUGGAAGAUAGCUGAUCUUCCUGCUGAGAAAAUAUCUAACGUAGAAGCUGACUGCUAUUGGUGCCUAACAAAGUUGCUUGAUUGCAUGCAAGAUCAUUACACAUUUGCUCAACCUGGAAUUCAACGAUUGGUCUUUAAGCUAAAGGAGUUGGUUAGACGGAUUGAUGAGCCCAUCUUAAGACACAUGGAGGAGCAAGGACUUGAAUUUCUACAAUUUGCUUUCCGCUGGUUCAAUUGUCUGUUAAUACGUGAGAUCCCAUUCCACCUAGUUCAUCGUCUGUGGGACACUUAUAUAGCAGAAGGUGAUGCACUGCCAGAUUUCCUUGUGUACAUAGCUGCCAGUUUCCUACUAACGUGGACUGAUAAGCUACAGCAGCUUGAGUUCCAAGAUAUGGUAAUGUUCAUCCAACAUCUUCCAACUCAUAGAUGGAGUGAUUUAGAGCUGGAAAUGGUGCUCUCACGGGCUUACAUGUGGCAUGCCAUGUUUAGUAGCUCACCUAGCCAUUUAGUUAGCUGAAGACUUCUUGCUCAACAGCGAUGGCCUCGCCUAUCCUACUUAUCUCGUCCGAUUUGAAUCAAUGGCUAAAUUUGUGGGUGAAAUAAAGCCUUACCGGCACGGCGACACACCAGUGUGAAAUAUAAAUGUAUUUUUCCUCAACUCUUUUUUGUUAUUUUUACUUGUUUCUCCUCUUAGUAUAAAUGUAUCAUCUUCCUUGUGAAAUAAGCAAAAAUCUGUUUUAAGUUUUCACUGCUUCCUUGUUUUUUGUCCUGAUAUUUGUAACAUCUGUAAUCGUGCUCCACAAGGCUUUCAAGAAACACUUGUCACUCUCUCAUUAGUUAGCUUUUUUGGGCCUAUGACCCAAGCCUUGUAUUUGCCUAUAAAUAGCACCUUCCGAUGAGAUCCCUUUUAAUGGUUGUACUGUUAUUUUGCUAUUUUUGAGGAAAAACUAGUUAAUUACUCCGUAUUAUGAAUAAAGUCAUGUUUUAAA